CCCUAGUACGCAAUAAAACAGAAAUAUAGAAGGAAAUAAAACUCUUUCGCGACUUAUAAAUAGAUUAUUAAGAAAUUUCCUUUCGUCAAUUCUAAACGUGUAAUGUCAGAGCUCCGCUCCAAAGUUAUACAACUUUACAAACAUUUGCAGUUUUUGGGACGUGAAUAUCCCGGGCCCAACGGGCCCCAGAAAUUCCGCCAGCAGGUACGCGAUGCCUUUAUGAAAAACAAAGAUGUGCAAGAUCCAAACAAAAUCAAAGCACUGCUGGCGCAAGGACGUUAUGUAGCCAAAGAAGUUGAAGCAUUGUAUUCACUGAAGAAGUAUCGCUCCAUGAAACAGCGUUACUCCCAAGAGUAAGUCAAGACGGCCAACAGCGCAACAACGGGAGAAUGUGGGUGAUGUUGCAUCAUCAUCAUCAUCGUUUGGCAUUGUGUGGAGAGAGAGACUGGAAGAAAGCCAGUAAUUAGACUAUGCAUUUUUUCUGUCAAAUAUUUUUUACCAUUUAGAAUACCAUAUAUAGUUGUUAUAAAAAAAUUCUCAUGUUUGACUUGUUUGUAGCAUGUAGAGUGUCUUAGCACUAUUUCGUGGAAAUAUGAGCAGCUGUGCUUGUAUAGAAUAAAAGAAACUUCCAUACUUUUGCGAGAUAAGUGGGUUUAUAGAAUUUCCCAUAA